UGCGCGCGCGCGGUGGGGCAGGGGGCAGAUGCCCGCGGUGCUGAGGGCGCGGAGUGGGGUCGUGUGGUACCGCCAUGUUGUUUUCUCACUGUCCGUCCUCCAGCCGAGCACGUCAGUGCUUUCGUGCUCUGAAGCUCAUAAAGAGGGACUGCCUUCCCUCGCUGCAUACAGCAGGAUGGGCAUCCACUGCUGCUGUGCCUCGCAUAACCACGCAUUAUACCAUCCAUCCUCGGGACAAAGACAAACGAUGGGAAGGGGUAAACAUGGAAAGAUUUGCAGAGGAAGCUGAUGUUGUCAUUGUUGGAGGAGGCCCUGCAGGUCUUUCUGCUGCUAUUCGUCUCAAACAGUUAGCUGCUGAGCAGGGCAAAGAAAUACGUGUCUGCCUGGUGGAAAAGGCAUCUCAGAUUGGUGCACAUACCCUGUCUGGUGCUUGCCUUGAGCCACGAUCCUUAGAAGAACUCUUUCCAGACUGGAAGGAGCGGGGGGCUCCACUUCACACUCCUGUAACUGAAGACAAGUUUGGAAUUUUAACAAAGAAAUCUAGAAUUCCAGUACCAAUUCUGCCAGGACUUCCAAUGGUUAAUCAUGGGAAUUACAUAGUACGUCUGGGACACUUUGUGAGAUGGUUGGGUGAACAAGCAGAAGCUCUGGGUGUGGAGCUGUAUCCAGGCUAUGCAGCUGCUGAGGUUCUUUUUCAUGAAGAUGGGAGUGUGAAAGGAAUAGCAACUAACGACGUAGGCAUUCAAAAGGAUGGAGCACCUAAAGCUACUUUUGAACGAGGCUUGGAACUCCAUGCUAAGGUCACUGUCUUUGCUGAAGGCUGUCAUGGGCAUCUAGCCAAACAACUGUACACAAAAUACAACCUAAGGGAGAAAUGCCAACCCCAGACCUAUGGCAUUGGGUUGAAAGAGUUAUGGACAAUUGAUGAAAAGAAAUGGAAACCAGGAAGAGUGGAGCAUACUGUAGGCUGGCCUUUAGACAGACAUACCUAUGGAGGAUCCUUUCUUUAUCACUUAAAUGAGGGUGAACCUUUAGUUGCCCUUGGAUUUGUGGUUGGCUUAGAUUAUCAAAAUCCCUAUUUGAAUCCGUUUAGGGAGUUUCAGAGGUGGAAGCACCAUCCUACUGUAGAACCUACUUUGGAGGGCGGAAAAAGGAUUGCGUAUGGUGCCAGAGCGCUGAAUGAAGGUGGUCUCCAGUCAAUACCCAAGCUCACCUUCCCAGGUGGAUUGUUAAUUGGUUGCAGUCCUGGACUCAUGAAUGUGCCUAAGAUUAAAGGGACACAUACUGCGAUGAAAAGUGGCAUGUUGGCUUCAGAAGCCAUCUUUAGCCAAUUAACCAACGAAAAUCUCCAGUCAAAGACCAUAGGACUUGAUGUGCAAGAAUAUGAGGAGAACCUGAAAAAGUCGUGGGUCUGGAAAGAGCUGUACUCAGUUAGAAACAUCCGGCCGUCCUGCCAUAGCGUGCUUGGUGUGUAUGGAGGGAUGAUUUACACAGGCAUAUUUUAUUGGCUUCUCAGAGGAAAGGAACCAUGGACAUUAAAACAUCCAGGAUCAGAUUUUGCUCAGCUCAAGCCAGCCAAAGACUGCACACCUAUUGAAUACCCCAAGCCUGAUGGAAAAAUCAGUUUUGAUCUCCUGUCAUCUGUGGCUUUAAGUGGUACAAAUCAUGAACAUGACCAGCCUGCUCAUUUGACUCUGAAAGAUGACAGCAUCCCUGUGAGCAAGAAUCUGGCUGUAUUUGAUGGACCAGAACAAAGAUUUUGCCCAGCAGGCGUUUAUGAAUACAUCCCUCUGGAAACAGGAGAAGGAUCAAGACUGCAGAUAAAUGCUCAGAACUGUGUCCACUGCAAAACAUGUGAUAUCAAAGACCCAAGUCAGAACAUUAACUGGGUAGUGCCCGAAGGUGGUGGAGGACCAGCUUAUAAUGGGAUGUAAACAGGCAGAAGACUUCUGUGACUUCUGAUCAACCAGCAGCUAGGUUGGAGUAUUUUAUGCUGAAGUGUAAAGUACAGCACUGAUUUGAAUGUUUCCGUUUGAGACUAACGUGCCAUUCUCAAUUUUAGGUAUGACCAUUGUAUAAAACAGAAAGUCAGUGUGCUCUAGUUAUUUAAACAGAACAACUUAUUUAAAUAGAACAACUUUUCAGGAGUCUUAUGUCAGGCAGAAGAAAGUUAUUCUCCAGACUAACAUAUGAAUUUUGCAUCUUGGAUAUGCUGCUGAAAUUCGGUGUUGGUAGGAGCCAUAGCCAAAAUCAUUGGUGUGGGCUGGUGGAAGAGUUUAGUGACUAUCCUUAUUUAAAAAAAAAAAAAAAAAAAAAAAAGCCUUUCUCUGUCUACCUGAAGUGCUUUACUUGUAGUCCUACCUCACAGUAGGGAAAAUGCAUUAAUCUAGAAAACUGUCACUGUUUGUGUUACACGUUUAACAUAGAAGUCAGAUUUGUUUCUGUUCUUCUUCCUGAUGAUGAUGGGGAGCCCAUCUGCACUACAAUCUGUAAGGAGGUGUAACAAAUGCUUCCUAGCUGCACCCCUGUGAUAUGUGUGCCAGCACUUGUUUCUUGCAAGGAAUCAGGCCUGCACUAAAAAACAAAACAACAACAACAAAAAACCAGAAUCUGCCUAAAUUGCAUCAGUGGUAAAGGAGACUUCUUAGGAAGCACCAUUAAGCCAUAGAAACACCACUGCUGCUUUAAUGCAUUAACAAUGUAUCUGAAUCACCAAACACAAGUUAUUUACAGCUUAAAAGAACAACACUUGACCUUUGACCAAUGUCUUUAUUAUUCGACUUGUAAGUUGUAAACACAGAACUGCAGUACAGGGCAAACGAAAGAAGGAACACUUACAGCUCUGUUUAGCCUUUUGCAUGAGUUAGUGCAUAGAAUUCAACAUUUAGGAACAAAAAAAUCAAGCAAACAUUUUAGCAUAAGCUGCCUUCUCUUUCUCCUUUUGAGCUUUUAUCUUCUGUUUGAUUUUGAGUGUUUCUGUCUGGAUAGCUGUUUGAAAAGAAAAUCCACGGCACGGUUAUAGCAAUGUCUUUACAUUAGGUUUCUCAGUAUGUCAAGACCAGAUCUCAGUGCUGCAAAUACUAUUUUAUACACUAGCACUACAUUUCAUUUUCUAUUAGGUCAGAUACUAACAGCAAACACACUCUGUCCCAUACUUUGUUUCACCUGCUAAGGUAACAGGUAGAGGUAAGAAGCACACUGUUGAUAUGCAUGCUGGAUUUAUGAUGUAAAAAUCUUUUCCUAUUAGAUGUUACUGCAACCUGGGGAUUACUAAGACCACUUUGAGCUGUGCUGUUGACCUCUGUACCUACAUAAGCAGGUUGUGCAGGGCGCCAGAAGCAUCAGUGCUGUACAAGAGCAUGUUUCCAUGUCAGCACACUUGUGCUUAACACAGUGGCAUUUUAAGUUUCAGCAGCCCGUAGACACCUCCAUUUCAGACAGGACAGUGGUAUGAUUUUCUAUGUAAGUACUACCCUUUGUUACAUUCUUCAAAUAAGGAAUCUCUAAGAAACAGCUUUAUUUUUACCUUUGUCCUCAGGGGCGAUUUCGUGAGCCUUUUUAAGAUCAGCCUUAAUAGAAAGAGAAAUGUAAAUGAAUGUUCUGAUUCAAUGUUUAUAUUAAAAUAAUAAUAAUUAUUAAA